AUGACUUCCUCAUCGCGGAGUUCCUCAUCCCGAUCGGAAAAAGACGCUGCGGCAGGAACUACACCCUGUAUAUCGGAACUGGAACCAUUAGUAAAAGAAGAAGAAGAAGAGGGAGGAACGCCUCUCAGAGUAGAGACUGUGCAAUCAGCACUGGAUGUGCUUGUCCAUAAUGCGGAGGGUAAUCUUGUCUACGCACAGGCAAAUCUAUCCAAUUUACAUCUUACAUCUAUUACAGUGUUGAGUUCAUACAAACACCUCCAACGUCUCUCACUGGAUAAUAAUGAACUCCACAGUCUACAACCACUGCGUGAACUACACUAUCUUGUUUAUCUCUCUGCUGCUAAUAACAAACUUGGGGAUGACGUCUUUGAUGAUCUCACUCCAUCAGCUACCACACUAGAGCGGCUUAAUCUCAGUGGUAAUGCCCUCACCACGCUUAGGGGAUUAAAACAAUUGCCAUUUCUUAUUGAUUUCAACGCAGCCCAUAAUCAAAUUGAAACGAUUGAUAGUAACGAUUUAACCGCACUUCACAGUCUAACACGACUCAAUUUAAUGUCUAAUCACAUUACACGUGUAGAUUUGGAUGCCUUUGCGGGUUGUAACACUGUAAGACGUCUUGAUCUCUCUCAGAAUAAUAUAGUGAAUGCACAAUUUGUCAUGCACCUCGCUGAGAAUUUAGAAUCACUUAUACUUGAUCACAACAGUGUAGAGAGACUCACUGGAUUUGAAGUCCUGCGUAGUCUUGUUUGGUUACAUCUCGCACAUAAUCGUAUUGCCGAUUGGAAAGAAUUACAUACACUUACAGAUUUAAUGAAUCUGCGGCAACUCACACUAGAACAGAAUCCCUUUCUUGAAACUCCAAUAACUGUUGUCACUAUUUCGGAUACAACUCAACCACCAAAAAGUGCCAUUCCACCAUAUAAUAGUGAAGCGAAAGUAGCACAAGAUGUAGACUUUGUUAAUAGUCGAGUUGGACGUCCGCAACCGGAAUCAAUCCAUACAAGUUCUGUAAAUGAUAUUGCUAGUAUUCGUAGUGGUGUUAGUGGGUAUACUGGGAAUGUUCAUAAUAGCAGUACCAGUAAAAAUAGUACUGUUGCCAGUAAUGUACUCCUCUCUACUAUCGCGGCUCCCCCGGCGAGAGGACUUGUCCAUCACAUACCGGCAGCACCACAGGAGUUAAUUGGAUGGAAUGAUGAUAAUCAGCAAGAAUUAGAGCAACUUUCACAGUAUGAACGAAAUCGUUUUCGUGUUAUUAGUAUGGCUCGUCAAUUAUCACAUCUUGAUUCUGUACCUGUGGCACCAGAGGAGAUUCAACGUGCGAUGCGUCUUUACAAGAAUCGUGGGGGAAAUGGCAAUUCUUUUGCUGCGGGAUCAGCCGUGAGGGCUGUAGAGUCACAACGUAAGAAGGGUUCUAAUGAUACAGUAUAA